AUGGACUGGAUUGCUUUGAUCUUCUGGACAGUGGACGUGCUGUUCAGCUUUGUGACGGGCUACUACUACAAUGGGCAACUUGUGCUGGACCCCCACAAGAUCGCAAUCCACUACCUGACCACUUGGUUUUUCUUGGAUAUUGCCGUAAUCGUACCCGAGUGGCUUACCAUGGUAGCCGGAUCUGAAGCCUUGAGCUUUGCUGGGAUCGGCCGUGCGUUGAGGCUUGGCAAAGCCAUGCGUGUGGUCAGGCUGUUGCGCGUGCUGAAGCUCAGGCGGAUCUUGGAUGCCGUCCUGGAACGAAUUCAGAGCGAGUUCACUUUUCUCCUCAUUUCGCUCCUACGAUUGCUUUUCUUCAUCGUGCUGCUGAACCAUGUCAUCGCGUGCCUGUGGUACCUGAUUGGCAAGGAGACGCUCGCAUCGGAGAUGGUCAACUGGAUUCAGGAGGGGAAAUACGAGGACGAGGACCAAACCUACAAGUACUUCACAUCUCUCCACUGGGCGCUGACUCAGUUCACGCCAGCCUCCAUGAACGUGAGUGCUACCAAUGCUGCCUGGGCUGAACAAGCGUUUCCGUAUGCUUUUUUUGUCAGGGUCCAAAUCGCACACCACCAGUUGGAUGGAUUUGCUGAGGUCUACGAGCGGAUUUUCUCAAUCGCCGUGCUUUUCUUCGCCAUGGUGGCGUUCUCCUCCAUUGUGGGAGGCAGUGGGAGCAGCAAAGGGCUCGUAGUGCGAACGUUUGUCCUGCACAGGCGAAGCAACCACAUGAAGCAGUUCUGGAUCUUGCGCCGCUAUCUGAAGCAGAAUGGUGUCGGCAAGGAGCUACAGUUCCGCAUCGAGAAGUUCCUCGAGUAUCAGACCGCCAAGGAGCAGGAGCACGUGCAGCCGGCCAUGGUCGCACACCUCGCGAAGCUGUCUCAGCCGCUGAAGAACGAGUUGCAGUACACCAUCAUGGUGCAAUGGCUGCGCGGCCACCCGUUCUUCUCCAAGAUCUGUACCCACAUGCCAAACUUCAUGCACAAGCUCUGCAGCACGGCCAUCAAGGAGAAAGUUCUGGGCAGCGGAGACAUCGUCUUUGAGGCUGGGGAGGAAUGCAGCCAGGUGUACUUCCUCAGCGCCGGCCUCAUCCUCGAGUACACGCACAUUCGGGAGACAGCGGAGACAUCCAACAGGCUCCACUCGAAGCAAUGGAUCUCGGAGCCCGCCCUGUGGACCCCUUGGAAACAUCUCGGCGUCUGCGAAGCCGAGAAGCCGGGAGAAAUUAUUUCGGUGGACACGGCGACCUUUUGCAAGGAGAUGUCGGCACACCCCGCACCGAAGUCGUUGUGUGCGGCAUAUGCGAGACUAUUCGUCGAAUGCUUAAACAGCAUGCCAAAGCACACGAUGAGCGACGUCUUGGAUCAGACGAUCCUAGACGUGUCCGCGAUCGUCGAAAAGGCAUCCCAUGUUGCCGCGGCGCUGGGCUACAGCACCACGUCGAACAGUGUCGCCCUGAAUUCCCCUUCGUCUGCCCAGCUCUAA